ACGGAGGGGAUACCGGCAGCGCGCCACCGAACGGGCACACGCCUCUGAUCUACGCCGCGCGUGCCGGACACGUGGAGGUCUGCGAUUUGCUGCUGAAGCACGGGGCUUCAGUUGGAGCAAGGACGAGAGCAGGGCUGCCACGCUCUGCACCGCGCUGCCGGGGCGGGGCAUGAGCAGGUGGUGCAGCUGCUGCUGGCGCAUGGUGCUGACGUAGCAGCUGUGGAUUCUGAUGGGUUGACUGCUGCGGAUAAAGCCAGGUGUCGAAUUGAGAACAUUGUAGCCCUAAUCUCUCCGCACCAGCUGAAGCCCUAAUGACUGCUGGCUGGCAUUGUGACUUAGUGCCCCAAGAUAAAAUAGCAAACCCCAUUCAAAU